AUGAAAGGUAGGAACCACAAGUUCCCCCUGCGGACCGCCCACCUCCACGGCGGCGCCGUCCUGGACACGGCCAACAAGUGCGUCGAGUACUACGAGCACCGCGACCGGCCCGGGGACCGCGGGGACCACUGCAGCUUCACGUGGGACACGUUUCUGUGCUGGCCGCCCACGCGCGCCAACGACACCGUCAAGCAGUUCUGCCCCAAGGGCCACCCCGACGUGGACCCCACCAAGCUGGUGUCGAAGCGCUGCGGGCUGGGCGGCCAGUGGGAAGGCCGGUCCGACUCGCCCAACGCCACCGCGCCCUGGGGCUACACCAACUUCUCGGGCUGCUACCGCGACGAGAUAGCCGACCUCAUCAAGGCGCUGUACAGCGGCGGCGAGGAGUCCGCCAAUGAAAAGCUCAACAUAGUCGGGAAGACGAGGACGCUGGAGAUGGUGGGGCUGAGCGUGUCCCUGGCCGCCCUGCUGGUUUCCCUCGCCAUUUUCUUCCACUUCCGGAGCCUCAGGAACAACCGGACGAGGAUCCACAAGAACCUGUUCAUCGCCAUGCUCAUGCAGGUGGUGAUCCGGCUCACGCUGUACAUCGACAAGAGCGUGACGAUCCCCAGCAGCAUGCAGCAGGGCUUCGUGCAUACCACGCCCGUGCUCUGCGAGGCCUCCUACGUGCUCAUGGAGUACGCCAGGACCGCCAUGUUCCUCUGGAUGUUCAUCGAGGGCCUGUACCUGCACAACAUGGUGACAGUGACCGUGUUCCAGGAGACGUUCUACUACUCGCUGUACACGCUGAUUGGCUGGGGCGUGCCCGUCGUCAUGACGACGUGCUGGGCCGUGACGACGGCGCUGCAGCAGGCCGAGGAGUGCUUCCGGAACUACAACCUCAAGGUGUACUUCUGGAUCCUCGAGGGGCCCCGACUGGGGGUCAUUGUGCUCAAUCUUUUAUUUCUCUUAAAUAUAAUUCGAGUCCUGCUGGUCAAGCUACGGCAGAGCAGAACGAGUGAAAUGGUGCAAUUGAGGAAGGCGGUGCGCGCGGCCCUGGUGCUGCUGCCGCUGCUGGGCAUCACCAACCUGACGAACAUCAUGCCGCCGCCGCUGCACCGCGAGGUCUGGGAGGUGGCCGUCUGGUUCUACGUCACGCACUUCCUCACCUCUUUCCAGGGCCUCUUCAUCGCCUGCCUCUACUGCUUCCUCAACGGGGAGGUGCGGCUGGCGGUGAUGCAGCGCGUGUACCGCUACCUGUCGCUGCGGCCGCACCACUUCCAGCCGAGGAGGAACUCGGCCUUCUCCGGCGUGUACGUGACGGCCGAGCCGGACCUGCCGCGCCUCCACGCCUCACCCGAUAAUGUUGCUGACACGACCAGUGUCCGCACUGCCUCGGCACUGCCCAAAGCGAUGACACGCCAGUAA